GUCUGGACGAGCGAAGAUGGCGGCGGAGAGGGAGCCUCCUCCGCUGGGGGACGGGAAGCCCACCGACUUUGAGGAGCUGGAAGACGGAGAAGACCUGUUCACCAGUACUGUGUCCACCCUAGAGCGGUCUCUGAAGUUGAGUGUUCCUGUUUUUGUCAGAGGAAACACUGUUAACUCUAAUUGGCCUCCUAGAUCCAUUUCAGUCAAGUCCAUCAUCUCCAGAACCAGCUAGUCUUCCUGCAGAAGAUGUUAGUACAAACUCCAAUGGUCGGAAGCCUGCAGAGGUUGUCCUAGAUGAUGACAGGGAAGAUCUUUUUGCAGAAGCCACAGAAGAAGUUUCUCUGGAUAGUCCAGAAAGGGAACCUAUCCUCUCCUCAGAGCCUUCUCCUGCAGUUACACCUGUGACCCCUACUACACUCAUUGCUCCCAGAAUGGAAUCAAAGAGUAUAUCUGCUCCUGUGAUCUUUGAUAGAUCCAGGGAGGAGAUUGAAGAAGAAGCAAAUGGAGAUGUUUUUGACAUAGAAAUUGGUGUAUCAGAUCCAGAGAAAGUCGGUGAUGGCAUGAAUGCUUACAUGGCAUAUAGAGUAACAACAAAGACUUCUCUUUCCAUGUUCAGUAAGAGUGAAUUUUCAGUUAAAAGAAGAUUCAGUGACUUUCUCGGUUUGCAUAGCAAAUUAGCAAGCAAGUAUUUACAUGUUGGUUAUAUUGUGCCACCAGCUCCAGAAAAGAGUAUAGUAGGCAUGACCAAGGUCAAAGUGGGUAAAGAAGACUCGUCAUCCACUGAAUUUGUAGAAAAACGGAGAGCAGCUCUUGAAAGGUAUCUUCAAAGAACAGUAAAGCAUCCAACUUUACUACAGGAUCCUGAUUUAAGGCAGUUCCUGGAAAGUUCAGAGCUGCCUAGAGCAGUUAACACACAGGCUCUGAGUGGAGCAGGAAUAUUGAGGAUGGUGAACAAGGCUGCCGACGCUGUCAACAAAAUGACAAUCAAGAUGAAUGAAUCGGAUGCAUGGUUUGAAGAAAAGCAGCAGCAAUUUGAAAAUCUGGAUCAGCAACUUAGGAAACUUCAUGCUAGUGUUGAAGCCUUGGUCUGUCAUAGAAAAGAACUUUCAGCCAACACAGCUGCCUUUGCUAAAAGUGCUGCCAUGUUAGGUAAUUCUGAGGACCACACUGCUUUAUCUAGAGCUCUGUCUCAGCUUGCGGAAGUGGAGGAGAAGAUAGACCAGUUACAUCAAGAACAGGCUUUUGCUGACUUUUAUAUGUUUUCAGAACUACUUAGUGACUACAUUCGUCUUAUUGCUGCAGUGAAAGGUGUGUUUGACCAUCGGAUGAAGUGCUGGCAGAAAUGGGAAGAUGCCCAAAUUACUUUGCUCAAAAAACGUGAAACUGAGGCAAAAAUGAUGGUGGCCAACAAACCAGAUAAAAUACAGCAAGCUAAAAAUGAAAUAAGAGAGUGGGAGGCAAAGGUACAACAAGGAGAAAGAGAUUUUGAACAGAUUUCUAAAACAAUUCGAAAAGAAGUGGGAAGAUUUGAGAAAGAACGAGUGAAAGAUUUUAAAACUGUUAUUAUCAAGUACUUAGAAUCAUUAGUACAAACACAACAACAGCUGAUAAAAUACUGGGAGGCAUUCCUGCCUGAAGCCAAAGCCAUUGCCUAGUGAGAAGAUUUCUGUUAUGAAGAUCUUGGAUGUUUGUUCCAGUUACGCUGAAUUCCACAGUGAAACCAUUUAAAACCAUCUAAAUAAACCACUCUAUAUUUUAUGAAUUACAUGUGGUUUUUUAUAUAUAUAUAAAUAUAUAUAUAUAUAUAUAUAUAUACACAUAUAUAUAUAUACACAUAUAUAUACUCUGCCAUUUUAUUACAAGCUGCAUGUCCCGGCCCUCCUUGACUUAAGUGGACUGUGGCAUGACAUUCUGCAGUACUUUGCUGAAUUGAACACUGUUGUGUCUUAAAUACUUGCACUAAACAGUGCACUGCAAGGCCAGACAAUUUUACAUAUUUUUUUCUUUACAAUACAUUCUGUAGCGUGUUUGCCCUCGUUAUGAAGUGAAUUAUCAACAUGUUGAUUAAUGUUCACUUAUACAUUCCUGUACAGAAAUUAUGAUUUUGUGAUUACAGUAAUAAAAUGCUAUUCCUUGUGAA